AUGCCGGACGCGCCCCCUGACCCCGGCGGCGGGUUCCCGCCGUUUGCGGGUGGAGGGAGAUACCCGAGCAUCGAUGGCGGCGGCGACGGGGACGGCGGCGGCAGCGGCGCGGAGCAGGCAGGAGUGUGGGCAAUGCCAAAAGCCUCGGGCACCGAAUAUGGCGGCAUGAACAAGGCCACCCUGGACGCCGCCCUGUCGGCGCGCGGCGUCACCGCCGGCCCAACCCUUGGGCUGCUCGCCCGGAGCAGCGCCAGCAGCAGCGGCAGCCAUGCCAGCCUUGGCGGCAGCAGCAGCGCCGCGACCAGCACCUGGCUGGACGGCGCCAGCGACGGCAGCAGCCCGUCGGCCGCGCCGCCGCCGUCGCCGUUCGGCGCCGGCGGCCUCGCGAGCGACGACGCGGGCGCGGGGGCGCACCACCGCCGGUGGGGCGCUGGGCGGCGGCCGCCGGCGGGCGGCAGAGGCUUCCUGGGUGCGGCGGUGGCGGCCGCAUCUCAGCAAAGCGCGAGCGAGCCUCGCGCCGCUCGGGGCGCCUCGGACGACGCCGCGGCGCCGGCCGACGCGUCCGCCCGCGGCCAAUGCAGCAAGGUCGGCGCGGGCCGGCGGGUGGCGCCGACCCUCGCAGGCAUCGCCGCAGCUGCGGGCGCGGCCGUGGCGGGCGCAGCGGCGAGGGUCGCACGGGCCGCGUCGCUGGCGUCGCUGCACCCAGCCGUGCGCGCGCACCUGGAGGGCUCCCUGGGCAUCGCAUUCAGCGGCGGCGGCUUCCGCUACGCCUACUUCCUUGGCGUGGGCGAGGUGCUGCUGGACCUGGGCCUGGUCGACCCCAGCACCAGGGUCAGCGGCGCCUCCAGCGGCAGCCUGGGGGCGGUGCUGCUCAAGUGCGGCUUCGACGCACGAGACGUGCUGCUGUCAACACUGAAUUUCGCCGUUGAUGUGCGGCAGCACGGCAUCAAGGGCCGCCUGGGCCCCGCGCUGCGGUCGUACCUCCAGACGCACCUGCCGCCCUGCGCCGGUGCCUCGAACAACGGCACCACCUUCCUGGCCGUCACGCAGGUGUGGCCCAGCGUGCGGACGAUGCUGCACUACUCAUUCGGCACCAAGGACGAGCUCAUCGAUGCCAUGCUGGCCUCAUGCCACCUGCCCUCGAUCAGCGACGGCAGCAUCACCGUGCGCUUCAAGCAGCGGCCACACAUCGACGGCGGCCUGCUGUCGGUCCUCACGCCGCCGCCCGACACGACGCACACCGUCAACGUCUGCAGCAUGCCGUCUCGCCAGAUCGCCCGCCUCCCACUGUACAUCACGCGACCGGCGCAGUCAGAGAUCUCCAUCAGCCCCGACUCAUACCAGCAGUGGCCCUACAACCGCCGAGAAACCUGCGCCCUUGCGGUGGCGCCGCCGCAGGACGAAUUCAUCGUCGACAUGUACCAGCGCGGCCUGCACGAUGCCAGGAGCUGGGCGGAAGCUGUCGGCCUCACGCGGGACGGCCGGCGCCUGUGGCCGACCGCGCAGGAGCUCGGUCGAGCCCCGCUGCCGGUGUGGCUGUCGGCCAACGCGCGUGCCGGCGCGGCCCCGGCCGCGGCCGCGGCGCUCGCGCCCGGCGGCGCGGAUGCGGUCGCGUUCUGCGCGGCGGCGGCGCGUGCACCCGCGGCGGCGGCAGCGGCCGGCGCGUCCGAGGAGGCCGGCGGCGAGGCCCUCGUCGCCACCGCCGCGCUGGCAGCGGGCGGCCGCCUUGGCCUGUCCGAGGUUGCGGGGCGCCCGGGCAGGUUUUUUCUCGCGCCUGACGGCGGAGAUGACGGGCUGGGUGGCGCGACGGGCGGCUCCACUGCGGGGUCGGUGUCAGACCUGCAGCUGCUUGUUUCAGAGCUGGGGGUGCCGCAGCCGCGGUCGCUCUCGGGGGCCAUGAUCUGA